GGCGGGCUGCUGCUGUUUUUCGGCGCACACGGUUCCCUGCUGGUUGUGGUGUGGUGGUUGGGCUGGUCAGGUUUUGCACGAGAGACAAUGGCGUGGCAACCUAUGGAAAUAAAUCCCGAGAUGCUGAACAAAGUGCUCUCCCGCCUAGGAGUUGCCCCAGGCUGGCGGUUUGUGGACGUGUUGGGGUUUGAGGAAGAGUCCUUGAAUGCUGUACCUAACCCAGCUUGUGCACUACUGUUGCUCUUUCCCCUUACUGCUCAGCAUGAAAAUUUCAGAAAAAAGCAGAUGGAAGAAUUGAAGGGUCAGGAAGUGAGCUCAAAAGUCUAUUUUGUGAAGCAGACUGCCAGUAACUCAUGUGGAACAAUUGGCCUUAUACAUGCAGUGGCUAACAACCAAGAUAAAAUACUGUUUGAUGAAGGGUCUGCACUAAAGGAAUUCCUUGCUGCAACAGCUGAGCUCUCUCCAGAUGAGAGGGCAAAACGUCUUGAAAACAACAAGGCCAUUCAAGAAGCCCACAAUGCAGUAGCACAAGAAGGCCAGUGUCGGGUUGAAGAUGAUAAAGUGAACUUCCAUUUCAUUCUGUUUGCCAGUGUGGAUGGACACCUCUAUGAACUGGAUGGACGAAUGCCCUUUCCUGUGAAUCAUGGAGCUAGUUCAGAUGACACUAUGCUGAAGGCCUCUGCCAAGAUCUGCCGGCAGUUCACAGAACGUGAGCAAGGAGAGGUCCGCUUUUCUGCUGUAGCACUGUGCAAGUCUGCCUGAAGUUGAGGGAUUAAAGCAGCCCUGUAGCCCAUCGCAGAAAGCAGUUCAAGCUGUUGGUGCUUUAGUACUUGUGUUUAAAAAAUGAAGCACUGCUAUUCUUGGUCUUAAGUUUAAACUUUCCUGCUGAACCUCUCCUCUUUCCCCAUUCCCACUACUUGCAGCAGCUUCAGUGGCGCUUGUCCUAAAAGCUAAGCUCAAAAUCUUCCAACUCUUCAAACAUGUUGGGUGUUGGGACUCUUCUUGACUGUAACUUGUUUAAAUGCUUCAUAGGGCUUACUUGACUUGUGCCUCUAAAGUUUCUUUUUAAGCUGUUGUCAAUCACAAAAAUAAACCUCUUCUUGGUAUUCCAAA